AAAUGUGAUGAACUUUGGGAAGACUUCCAUCAAAAACUGGUGGAUGGGUCGUUGUUGACCUUGGAUACAUAUCUAGGACAAUUUCCUGAUAUCAAAACUCGCAUUGCAAAACGAAGCAGGAAGCUAGUGGACUACGACAGUGCAAGGCAUCAUCUAGAAGCCCUGCAGAGCUCCAAAAGAAAAGACGAAGGCAGAAUUACCAAGGCAGAAGAAGAAUUUCAAAAAGCACAGAAAGUGUUUGAAGAGUUCAACACUGAUUUACAAGAAGAGUUGCCUUCUCUCUGGUCACGACGAGUUGGCUUCUAUGUGAACACCUUCAAAAAUGUAUCCAGCCUCGAAGCCAAGUUUCACAAGGAAAUAGCUGUACUAUGUCACAAACUAUAUGAAGUGAUGACGAAGCUGGGAGAUCAGCACGCGGACAAGGCCUUCACCAUUCAAGGGGCACCAAGUGACUCAGGUCCACUCCGCAUUGCCAAAACGCCGUCACCUCCAGAGGAGGUCUCUCCCCUGCCUAGCCCUACCGCUAGUCCCAACCAUAUGCUGGCACCAGCGUCUCCGGCACCGGCCCGGCCGAAGUCACCCACACAGCUGAGGAAAGGUCCACCAGUCCCACCACUGCCUAAGCUCACGCCCACGAAGGAGUUGCAACAGGACAACAUCAUUAACUUCUUUGACGACAACUUUGUCCCAGAAAUCAAUGUGACGACCCCAUCACAGAAUGAAGUUCCUGAAGCUAAGAAGGAGGAAUCUUUGCUAGAUCUGGACUUUGACCCUUUCAAGCCAGAAGUUGUAUCGGCUGGAGUUGGUCAUUCACCUAUGUCUCAG